GUUAAAACCUUGUUUGUAGUAACGCCCCCCUUUGUGGUUAUGCUCAGAAUAAGGUCAGGGUUCAGGUUAGGUGUUUACCCAGUUCUGGUGCUGUCCGUCCGUCGAAGGUUGAGAGAGCUCGUAUCUGCGAUUUAAAGAUGAAUGCUUCAAGUUUCAGGGACUGUGAGGCAUGGAGGGCGGAGGGUCUCUCAUUGUCCAGCAGCAGUAAUGAGGCUUGCAAACUGUAUGACGCCAUACUCACGCAGUAUGUGAAAUGGCGGAAUGAUGAAACCUUGGGAGGAUUUGAAGGAUGCAUGUCUGCUAUCCAUGCUGCUGACCCUAACUUUGUUAUGGGCCAUGUGAUCAGCACGGGACUGGUGCUGGUGGGAACAGCAAGCACCACUCGGCUGAAUGAGCGUCUGGCUAGCGCUGUGAGGCGAUCAGUGGAGCUGGCUAACAGCCAGGACAUAUCUCCCAGAGAGAGGCUCCACGUCAAGGCUAUGGAGCUCUUCUCAAGAGGAAAUUUUCCUAAGGCCUGUGACAUAUGGGAAGACAUUCUGGUUGAGCAUCCCACUGAUAUGCUGGCCCUCAAAUUUGCUCAUGAUGCCUAUUUCUACAUGGGAGCUCAAACCCAGAUGAGGGACUCAGUGGCCAGGGUGCUGCCUCACUGGAAACCGCAUAUGCCUUUGUUCAGCUAUCUGAAAGGACUGUAUUCCUUUGGUCUCCUGGAGACGCACUUUUAUGACCAGGCUGAGAAAGUAGCCAUGGAGGGCCUUGCUCUGACUCCAGAUGAUGCUUGGUCUGUCCACUCUGUAGCCCAUGUUUAUGAGAUGAAAGCGGAGGUGGACAAAGGCCUGAAGUUCAUGGAGAGUAGAGAGAAAGACUGGCAGGUAUGUGAUGUCCUGGCCAGUCAUAACUACUGGCACUGGGCUGUGUACUUUAUCGAGAAGGGUCAAUAUGAAGAUGCUCUACAAAUAUAUGAUUCUCAGGUAUUCAGACGUUGUAAAGCUUCAGGAUCUAUGUUGGACAUUGUAGAUGCCUGUUCAAUGCUCUACAGGCUUGAAAUGGAGGGUGUGUGUGUGAAGGACCGUUGGCGGGAACUGCUCCAGGUAACACAGCCUCACACUGAUGAUCACGUGACCUUAUUUAAUGAUCUCCAUUUUCUCAUGGUGUCGCUGGGAGCUAAGGAGAGCUGCAUAUCUCGGCGUCUGCUCGAGGGCCUCCAGGAACUGGCUAAAGAGCCAGGGGACAAUCAGCAACAUCAGCUGGCUGGGACCAUCGGUAUACCGAUGUGUCAGGCCAUGAUGGAGUAUGACCAGGGCAACUACAGUCAGACUGUGGAGCUCCUGUACCCCUUACGCUACCGCAUGGUAGACAUAGGUGGCAGCGAUGCCCAGAGGGAUCUCUUCAAUCAACUGCUUAUUCAUGCAGCCAUGAAAUCAGAGAAUAAGCGCCACCAGAAACUAGGAAGAUGUCUUCUGGUGGAGCGCGAUGCUGUGAGGCCCAACUCAUCUCUAACUGAUCGGCUGAUGCAGAGAGCCCUGUCUCUUCACAUCUAGGCUGACUGCAGGGUGCACAGAGCAGUUUCUAUGCAAGAACAUCAAACCCCCACCAUUAGAGUUGACUGUAGAAGACACCUUCACCAAGGAAGGAAUCUGGCACUGCAGCAACCUGUUACACCGUGCUAUUUUUAAUGUAAUGCUCUUUGGGAUAGUUAAGCUUUGUAAGUGAACAAAUUUGCACAUUUUUGAAGUUUAUGACCUAAUAUUAAUCACAGGUUGCCAGUUUUGCAUGAUAAAUAACCCAUAGUAAUAAUAAUAAUCAUAUGCUUUAUUAUUAGCCUUUUAGCAAAACUGACACCUUCUAAUCAAUAUAGAUCAUUG